AAAGAGUAAAUAUUUGACAUUUUUAAUCUGUUUUGAAUCGUAUAAAUAUUCAUGAAAUAAGGUGUUGGACAAACGAGACAGAAGUUAAAAAUAAAUAAGAGUUAAUGAUUAGUUGUUUCACUUGAUUAAUUAUGUUGGAACUUCUUCAUAUGGAUAAAAAAGCAGUGGACUCCAGACUCCUAUUGGCUCCUCCAGCUGCCAAUCAAGUCCUGUUUUAUCUUCUGUUUCCCUCUUAAUAUGACCCUCAAUAACAAACUGAAGGAAAACAGGAACUGGACUGGAGGACGUUGACUGACUUUAAAAAUACUGACACUGACUCACAGUAGACGCGUAACGUUUAAAACUAUCAGAGUCUCCAUCUAGUGGCUGACACCGGUAAAAUGUACAAAUCACUUAUUGUCUCUUGUAACUUUUCUAACAGAAAACUGAUGUUUGUAAACCACUCUCGCACCCACUGACCAUUGAUAAAAUCGUGAAUUUCAGCUCACAGACACAGGAACUGACCCACUGCUGCUUCCUGUGGUCAUCACUGCUGAAUGAUAUUGAAUUGGAUAUUGUUGAUCCUCCUGCCCUGCUAACCAUCUCUUACCGUCAGUCAUGACCACACCGUUAGAGCAAAAACAAAGCUUCUUUAUCCUUUAACUCCUUUGAUGUGUUUUUAAUGCAGUGAAGAGUGUGAUUUACGGUGGUACAGUAACUCACACUCUGUUGACGUCAUCGUCAGUAAACUCUGGGCUAAAUGUGGACAAACAAAGGGGUUAAUAUGACGUUAAAACAGCGCGGAGGAGCCGAGAAGUGAGAGCGUCCUGGUAACAUCCAAACAUCAGACGUCUCCUCGUCUUGCUGCUCCUCUCUGAACUCCUCUGGCUUCUGUCCUCCAGGCCAACCACACUGGAACCGCCAUGUUGGGCCAAAGUGUUCGGCUCCAGCCGGUACCGAUCCAGAGCCUGUCAGAACUGGAGCGAGCCCGCUUACAGGAGGUGGCGCUGUACCACCUGGAGGAGCUGGACCUGGAGUUUAAGAUCAGCAUCCCAAAAGAAACACAGAAACGUAGAAAAUCUCUGCGCAGGAAGUUUGACUCUUUCUCCAGGGAGAAGAAGGAGCAGGAAACCGCUCCGAAGGCCUUUGGAAUUCCACUCUCCCAGGUCAUCGCCAACGACCACGCCUACAAGCGUCGUCAGGAUGCAGUGAAGGAGAGCAGACGGGAUUGUCUGGACCUGGAGGCCACCAUCCUGAGGUUCAGAGCCGAGAAACAAAAGAUGUUCUUUAAUGGUACCAAGGCACCAGGCCCUGACUCUGUGGAACCGAUCAUAGACCCUCACCACAAACCACUGUCACCAACCUUCCUGGACAACAGCGGACGAGGACACAGGAGGGGAGGUCUGUCAGUCGACUCCAUCUCUGACCUUGUAGAAAGUCAGUCCCGCCUGUUGGAGGCGCUACAGCUCUCUCACCCUGCCGAACUGGAGUUGAAGAAGUCCCUGAGCAGUGGAGCUGGCUCUUCAGAGACCAGGACCCAGACCAAACUGAGUCUCAACCCCAUUUACAGACAAGUCCCACGUGUUGUGGACCACUGCUGCGCCCACAUCCUCACCUACGGUCUUCAGACCGUGGGGAUCUUCAGAGUGGGGAGCUCCAAGAAGAGAGUGAGGCAGCUGAGGGAGAACUUUGACCUGGGUGUGGAUGUCCGGCUGGACCUGGAACACAGUGUCCAUGAUGUGGCUGCUCUGCUGAAGGAGUUUCUGAGGGACAUGCCUGACCCUCUGCUGCCCCGCGAGCUCUACGCUGCCUUUCUCCACUCACACCGUUUGAGAGGAGCAGAGCAGCUCCACUUCCUGCAGCACCUCCUCUACCUGCUUCCUCCCUGUAACUGCGACACCUUGCUGCGCCUCCUCACUCUGCUACAGACUGUGCAGAGCUUUGCUCAGGAUAGUGUCGGAACUGAUGGAGAGGAGAUUCCUGGGAAUAAGAUGACGGCUGCAAACCUGGCCGUGAUUUUUGGACCAAACCUCCUCCAGAAAGAGAGAGGAGUAGGAGGAGGAGGAGAAGUGACUCCUCACUCUGCUGCUGGAAUGGAGGACAGUGCAGCCAUUAUCAACGUCACACUGAUGCUGAUACAGAACUACAGAAAACUCUUCAUGGUUUCUGCGGAGCUGCAACAGGAAGUUCUGAUGAGUCUGGUCCAGACGGACCCAGAUGUCAUCAAUUACUUGCUGCGCAGAAAAUUCAGCAGUAACAGCAAUCAGGCAGCAGAGGGCAACAGUAGCAUUGCAGGCUCUCGUCGAGACACAGGAAUGUCCCUGGACUCAGUAGGAACACCAGGCAGUCGUAGGGACACAAGAACGUCUGUGGAUUCAUCGGGAAUAUCCAGCGGGAGUCAGUCCUCUCUGGAUCCUCCGUCUCCACUCUUCCCCCCCGAUGCUGACGGUGGUGAAGGAGGUUUGACCUGUGAAGUUUUUUUCCAUGUUCUGAAGCAAAACCAGAGCAGGAAACGCCAGGAGAGCGGAAACGGUGACGUCUCUCAGGAAAAAUCUAUCCGACACAUACGUCAGUUUCAUUCCCACCACAACCUCAUGUCCCUGGUUUCAUCCUCCUGCUCCGAGCAGCAGGUUGCGCCACCUCUUGGCUCCUCUCUGAGCGGCAGCUGUUCUGCUUUGAGCUGUUCCUCCUCCAAUGUAUGGAUUAAACAGACUCCUCAGGAACAGAACAAAUCCCCCUCGCACUUCUGGGAAUUUUUCACAGGGAAAACCUCCGGGUCAGAGACGGUGAUGUGACAGAGAGGGGAGGAGCACGGAGUCCAGGAACGGCUGUGAACUUCCAUCAUAUUAGCAGAGCCUGCGUUUCCUUUCAUUCCACUGCAUGAGCAAAAUAAUCCAACGUGAAGUUUGUGAAGAAGACGGAAAUCUGGAACGGAAUAUUUCUGGUUUGAAAUCCUUUAAAUCAUUUAUCACAUAGAUAGAUAGAUACCAGGGAUUUCCCCAGUGAUUCCACACAUGAUAGAAACAACCUGACUUUGAUAUGAAGACCAGAAAAUGAUUUUCUUCAAAGGUUGCCAUUUUUUUCCUGGAAAAUGCUAGAAAGCAGCACUCUUUGGUUUGGAAAAAAUCAGACAUCCUUAACGCACACAUUUCCAAGCAAAGUAAAAUAAGCCUAGAAGUUUGUCAACCUAAUGUUUGGUAAAUGUAAUUUGAAUUUUUCAAAUUGAAAACACCUCUUAAAUCCAUGGAAAACGCCAUUCAUAUGGAAAGAUUUUUUGAAGUUCGAAGUUCUUCCUACUGAAACUAGCAGAGUCGUUUCUGAGGUGAAUUUUAAAAUGAACUCCGUAAGUUACAAAAUAUUGUCACCUGAGGGUGGAAUUACUUUUAAUUAUUUCUCAUUGAUAUUGGGAAUAAUAUGACUCUAAGUGUUGGAUGUGUGGAUGUGUGGAUUUUUCCACAUGCACCAUGUGUGGUCAGGAAAUAACGGAUAAAUUGCAGAAUUCUUCAAAAAAUAGUUCAAUGCAAGAUGAGUAGGAUUAUUGAAAACUUUCACUUAUAAACAAAUUGAAACAUGAUGAUGAUUAUUAUCCGUGGCUGCAUGACACUAAAUUUCCCAUGUGUGGAUUUUUGGAAAUGUUUCCUUUCAAAAACCAUUGCCGUUAAAUCUUUCCUCUCCAUCACUUAAAUAAAAAUAUCAAACUGAAAAUAGUAAAAAAAAAAA